CCUCGGAUUAUUUGCCUUUUUCGUUAUUUUCGUCUCGACUUGUAUUUCUCACUGACCACGGCCAACCCAGCAGCUAUAGCUAGCGCCAUAAAUACUACACGCCUUUGCUUCCAUCCAAAAGGCCUCGCCUCCUUUGUUGCCGCCUAGCCUCUCCCUCGUCCCUCCCUCCUCCCAAGGCUGCUGCUCUGUGACGUCCGCACCGCCAGCGCCACCCGCGUCGCCAUCUCCACCAGGCACAUCCCCACCACCACCACCUUGGGCGCCGGGCCCUCCAUGUCCAUGCUUGGCUUUGCCAACUAGAGUAUAGUGCUGUGUGCUCCAUCGUCUUCUUCUCUUAUAUAAGACGCGGACGCAUGUCCUCGGAGGAGGAGGCCGGCUGAGGACAAGAUAUAGAGAGAGGCGUUGCGUUGUUGCCCGCCGUGCCACACCAUCGCCGGAUAUACAUGGCCGUGGAAUCGCACCGCCUCCUCUUAGCGCAACAAGGGCAAGGGCAGAAGCAAUUCACCAACGCGGCGGCGGCGGGAUGGCCUUGGACGAGUACCGGCGACGAAGCUAGAUGCGCGACGGCGGCAGCGAGGCCGAGCCAUCAUCAUCAACAACAGGCCGCGGCGGCGGCGUUCCAGUUCCAGCAGCAGGCCGCCUCGUGCGUCGGCGUGGGCCUGCCGGCGCCGCCGCCUCCGGUCUCGUCGUCGGCCGCGCCGUACGCUGCUGCUGGUGGGCAGGUCCUCGUGGGCGACGCGGCGGAGAGCGGCGUCACGUUCGGUGGAGGCGCGGGUGCGGCGCAGCACCAGGAGGUGGUGGCGAUGGCGAUGGCGGCGGCGACGGCGCCCAGGAAGCGGAAGCGCGUCGUCGAGCAGGGGCAGGCGCCGCCGGUUCUUGAGAUCGGAGGCGCGGCCGACGUGGCGGCGCACUUUCAUCAGCAACUCGUCGACGUCGACCGCCUCGUCCUCCAACACACCGGGAAGAUGUGGGCGGAGCUGACGGAGCAGCGGCGGCGGCACGCGCGGCAGGUGGUGGCCACCGUGGAGGCCGCGGCGGCGAAGCGGCUCCGGGCCAAGGAGGAGGAGAUCCAGCGGAUGGGGCGCCUCAACUGGGCGCUGGAGGAGCGCGUCAAGAGCCUCUACGUGGAGGCGCAGGUGUGGCGCGACCUGGCGCAGUCCAACGAGGCCGCCGCCAACGCGCUCCGCGGCGAGCUGCAGCAGGCGCUCGACGCCCAGCAGGCGCGCUUGUGCGGCGGCGGCGGCGCCGACGACGCCGAGUCGUGCUGCUGCGGGGAGAACGACGUCGCCGCCGGGGCCGGAGCCGGAGCAGCGGGCGCGGAGGACGGGGAGACGUCGUCGUCGCCGGCGUACGGGAGGAGGACGUGCGCGGUGUGCGGCGAGGGCGCGGCCGAGGUGCUGCUGCUGCCGUGCCGCCACCUGUGCGCGUGCGCGCCGUGCGCGGGCGCGGCCAGGGCGUGCCCGGCGUGCGGGUGCGCCAAGAAUGGCAGCGUCUGCGUCAACUUUUCGUGAUGGUCCUGAAACCGAUAGGAUUACUGGAUUAGAGUAGGUUUUUUCUUUUUUUUUUCUUUUUGGGCCAUCUUGUUGGCGCGACGGUUCAGUGCAGAUGCGGAUAGGAGACGGAUGCAUCUUUGUACUUGCCUUUUUUUUGGUUCUCAGAACUCUCAACAAGAAAAAAAUAGUCGAAAAUUUCGGAACUUUCAUUA